AGCCCAACCGCCACAAUGGCGGCCCCGCGCGGCGAACGCCUUUUUUCCGGCGGCCACUGCGUCACUUCCGCAUCCGGAGCGGCGGCCCUUCUAGGCAGGUUCCCUCCGGCUCGACUCUACGGUGAGGCGCCGGGGAGAGGGGCAGGUGGUGUCGUGCCGCCCUCCGCGGUGAGGGGAGUCGGCUCUCCCUCCCUCCUCCCGCGGGCUCGGCAGCCUCUGACUCUGUCAGAGCGGGCGGAAGAGGCGGCCAUGAGCGUCGCGGAGCGGCCUGAGGGGAUGGAGGGGGCGGCGGUGGCCGGCUCCGCCGUCCCGGGACGCUCGCUGAGUUCUAGUGAUGCAUCUCCAGAUGAAGGAGUAGUAGAAGAUAUGCCUAUGAUAGAUGAGAAAGCAGUGGAGCAGCUAACUGAAGGAUUAAUUUCUCAUUAUUUGCCUGAUCUUCAGCGAUCAAAAUUAGCACUAAAGGAACUUACACAGAACCAAGUGGUAUUACUAGAAACACUAGAGCAAGAAAUUUCAAAAUUCAAAGAAUGUAACUCCAUUCUUGAUAUCGAUGCCUUGUUUUCAGAAGCUAAGCACUAUCACAACAAGUUAGUGAAUAUUAGAGAUGAAAUGAUGAUGCUCCAUGAGAAGACAUCAAAGUUAAAAAAAAGAGCACUUAAGCUGCAACAAAAGAGGCAGAAAGAAGAACUAGAACGAGAACAGCAACGUGAGAAGGAACUUGAAAGAGAGAAGCAGUUAACAGCAAAACCUGCUAGGAGGACAUGAAAGCAGAGCAUGCAUCAGCUUGUCCAAAAUAAUGAUUUUUGUGUUCUCUGGAAUUAAGGCAGACUUUGCUUAAAGUGGGCUGUAGUUGUUACUAGCAAUCGUCUGCUGUAUGGUAUUCUAAAUUCCAGAAUGGUAAUAACCAGUUGGUAAAAUUCUAAUUUUCCGUUUCAGCCAUUCAAGUUGCCUUAUUUUCUAAUGCUAUGCAGUUUGAUAUUAUAGUGUAAGUUAAUUUUUGAUAUAUACAUAGGAGAACUUAGGCAUCACAGUUUUAAUUACCUCUCCAUUCAUUUUUUCAUCAGUUGUUCUGGUGUUUAGAAUUCUGACUGAGGAAUAUUUUGUGACUGGCACACAUGUUUUUCAGACAAAAUACAGGAUAGUGGUUGCUGGAGUUCAAUUCUGGUCUCUGGAUUUCCAUGACUGCCUAUUUCACUAAAGUAGCUUUGAUUCUGGCAGUUGUGCUCUGUUGUUGAUGCCCUGGAUCACAAAUACUGGCUUUUUUUGCCAGCUGGGUAUACUUGGUCUUUUGCCCAACAUUGUUAAUAAGUAAACGCUGCAAAGCUCUACUAAGAGCAAUGGUGAGAGGUCCGUAUAACAUUGUUACAUUUGGAUCCCUAGUUUUUCUUCCAUUCAUGCACAGUUAGUUCAGUCAGUCAUCUAAAGAGCUGAAGACUAUGUGAGCUCACUUGAUCGCAGUAGUUUCCUAUUUUUGCCAUCAAGAAACUGAAGAGUAACUUAAAAGUAAUUUUUGAAUCAUUUAUCAGCUGAAUUGGAUGAAAAUAAAAAGCAAAACACUGAGGAUCCUCAGAAUUGAUGUGUGCACAGUACAAAGAUUAAUGAAUUUGGGCUUCCACAAAUGAUUGAGUCAAACCAAUGAGCUGUUGCUUCUGUAAUGGUUCCACAGGAAGUGUGUGUGGCCUAGGCAGAUCUCUACGGGAUUGAAAGUUUUAGUUUCUUCAAUUUUUGUGACAAAAUAAAACACAACCAAAACUAAACAAAUUCCACUGUAUCUGAAAUUCAGUUAUCUUUAGGAAAAACUGUUGCUUCUUGCCUGCAGUGAUUCAGUCUCACUUCGGCGCUAUGUGAGAGGGGUUUUUUUUUGGGGGGGGGGGGGGGGGGUGUGCUGCGUGCGCGCCUGCGUGUGCUGUCCUUGCCAAGAUUGAUUAUUAGUGUGUACUGAUGAUAACCGUUGGGUAGCAGUUGAUACCCAUUUCUCUGAAUGUCAUUGCUUUCUUGCAACAUUUGGUGUGAAUUCCCAUUCAAGUGAAUGUAUGUGUUGUCUAGACUGAUGAAAGAGCUUUAAACUCUUUUUUUCCUGCAGUCUGACCAGCUAGUAACUUUAUCUCUGUUUUUUGAAAAAAGUAGUAAAGUAAGUAAGUAGUGUGUACUGGGAAAUAAGGAGGAAGGUAAGCUUUGUAAAACUUUUCAUUAAAAAUGUAUGGUAAGGUAUCAGAGGGGCACAGUCAGUUUGACUUUUUGGUAACGUUUAGAUGACUUGCAUAGUGUACCUAGAUUGCCUAGAUUCUUCUGUAUUAUGAAUUUCUAAAAUCUGAAUUCCCUGUUAUUAAUAUUUGCCUCUUUUUCUCUGCAAAAGACCACCUCUAACAGGUAAUAAUGACAUUUACAGAAACUUCUGUCCAACACACAAAGUAAACUGGGAUAGUGUUUGGGGGCAGGGAAAGCAAAUUAGUUGGAAUAGUCUGAAGAGAUGUAAAACUACUGUUACUGAAGCAGUAAUAGAUUAAAAUUUUGCACAGAUAAUUUUCUUUUAAGUUGACUUAUGUCCGUUAAUUGCCAGCAGAUUGUUGACCUGUGCUGUGGUUUGUAUGUAUUUCUAAAAGAAAUGUACAGAAUUCCUACAGUUCAUUUUUGGAGCAGAAUGUACAUAACUAAGUAUUGUUUAAAUAUUUUAUUUUGUAAUGUAAUUACAAAAUUAGAUUCUGGAAAUAUAAACAGUUAUUAAAAAAUAAAAUGAAACUAGAUGCCUCAGUGAAAUACUCAAAUCAGAAUUAAUUUCCUUUGAUAUUUCUUGUUUUGUAUUGCCUCAUCUAGAAUCCAGUCUAGUGUUUCUCUGUUAAGAACUGGUUUUCAAAAGUCAUGGUCACUUUUACUUAAAAUACAGAAUUCUAAGCAUCGAAAUCAAUACUUACACAAUUGCAUAUUUUGGCAUUUCUUUCGAGUAAUUUCUAAUCUAAGGAAGAAAAGCUUAUAGUACUUGCUCAAAGAAUCACGUACACCUAUGUAAAAAUGUGCUUGUUAACUUUUUUCCUAAAAAUGGCAGUAAAUACUGUUUUCACAUGAAAAAGGAACUGAUGUCAAUAAAGAGCCCUUCUAUCAUAAGGAUAAGAGGGACUGAAGAUAUAUUGGAGAAAGUUUGGCCAGUUUACAUAAGUUGUUUUUAUUGUUAUUGUUAUUCAUUCAGUGAACUGUAAUUACUUCAGUCGAAAUUAUAAUUCAUCAUCUAAAUAGGAUAUUAGUCUUCCAAAUGCUUCUCCUUUGUCUUAAUGCAUAAGAAGUAAGUGGAACACUGGAUUUAUUUAACUAUACUGGCAUCUAAAUGUGUAUGUUUGUAUCAAUAUGCAAAGUUAGAGUGAGUAAUUUUAUUAAUGUAUACAUUUAGUUUUGCUUAAUUUUUGUAAGACUUACUAAUUUAUCGAUUAGAUAAAUGUGAUAUUGUUAGACUCUUUC